AUGGCCAAUAUAUCAAAUGAAGUACGUAAUUAUUUCAAAUUAGAUUUGUUAAUCUCACGUUCAUGUCUUACACUUCGUAAUUUGUUUCUAACUCGUUACUCAUUAUUCAACAAUGGCCAAAUAUGGAUUGAUUCAGCAGUACAUGGAAAUAAUUAUUUAACAAAUGUUGUUCCGAAAAAUAAGAAAAUCAAUUUGACGCCUCCACAAAAGAAAACUGUUAGUAAUGGAGAUACGAAUGAAUGGGAUGUAUCGACUUUUACUGCUAUUCUAUCGUUUAGUGAUCGUCCACAAACAUUGAAUACAAAUGAAAUACAAAAACUUGAUCAAGAAGAUUUGCUUAUAAAACAAUUAAAAGAUUUAAGAAAUACAUUAGCUCAUAUUUCAUCAAAAUCUAUUGAUGAUACAGAAUUCAAUCAGCGAUGGAAUGAUUUAUCAACAAUUCUUGUAGCAUUUGGUGACAUUGAUACGGAAUUAGAUAAAUUAAAGGAUGAUAGCGUUUUUGAAUCACCAAAACAAACAAUAAAUGAAGAAAAUAAGAACAAAGCAUUACAUCUCAAUUCCUUAGGAACACAAGCGCAUAAGGAUGAAAAGUAUUCUGAAGCAAUAAAAUUCUUUGUCCAAGCAACAGUUUUACCAAGUGUUUCGGAUCAUGAUCGAGCUACUUUCUUUUCGAAUAUGGCUGGAAGUCGGUUAUCAUUAUAUAAACAACAAUUAUACUCGGUUGAUAAUUGUGAAGAUGGCGAUAUAACAAAAGAAUUAGAUCGUGCUCUAAAAGAUGCUAAACAAGCAAGAAAACUUUGGGUAACAUGGUGGAAAGCUCAUUUUCGUGUUGGACAAGUCUAUGCUAUCUUAGAUGAUCAUGACAAGGCAAUCAAUUCAUUUGAACGAGCACUGGCACUUGAACCAACAAAAAGUGAAAUACAACAAGCACUAGAUGAAAGUUGUAUACUUGUUAAUCGAAAUUCUCGACAAGAAUAUCUCGAUCCACGAGAGAACUGGAAAACAAUUCCUGAAAAUUUAAAUGAACUAAAAGAAAAGUUCGGUUUGGAUCCAGAAAUGGUGCGAAAGGAUAGAAGUUUACUCAAGGUAAUAGAUCCAUCAAUGGCUGACGUAAUGAAAGGACAUCAGUUUGCACGUGGGGAUAUUGAUGUUAUACAAGAUUAUGAACAAGCUGCGAAACAUUUUGCCAAAGCAGCAAAUGCGGGCAAUGCUGAGGGAAUGUGCAACUUAGCUCUGUUAUUUGAUAAAGGUCUAGGUGUAAAAAAAGAUCAUAAAGUGGCUCGCGAAUGGUUUGAAAAGGCAGCGGCACAGCCAGAAGAACACCCUAGAAUAAAAGGGAUGCGAAAUAUUGGUGUAGCUGAAUCUGAAUACGCUUUAGGAGUAAGAUAUUUUGAAGGCAUUAGUAUUCGCAAGGAUCUUGCAUUCGCAGCUUAUUGGUAUCAAUGUGCUACUGAUCAUGGUAGUGCAAUGGCUGCUAAUAGUUUAGGUGCAAUGUAUCUAGCUGGUCUUGGGCUUGAUAAAAAUCUCGAAAAAGGUGAAGAAUUACAUGAAUUAGCAGCGAAAAGAGGCGAUCCAGUUGCUAUGAUGACUUUAGCAAAGCUACGAUUAGAUAAAAAUGAUUUUGAAAUGGCAAGAAUUUGGUACGAUCGUGCAUGUGAAUCAGACAAUCCUGUCGCUCACCGAGAUCGUGAUAACUUUAUAGAAGAUUUGGAAGCACGUCAAAAAUAUUCACCGGAUAUGUUAAAAGCAAUGAAAACAGCGGCUAACUACAUGUUGUCAUUUCAAAGUAAAUUUUCUCCAUCGGUGGCAUCUGAAAUUCCAUAUCUGAAAGAUUACGAGAUGUUAUGUGGAUAUGCCAAACGUGGUUCAAUAACAGCCAAAAAUCUUUGUCGUGCUUUAGAACAUUACAUACAAGCACUAAAUAUACUCUUAUUUUGUGAAACUUUAACAGAAGAACAAGAAAAUAUAUUUGUCCAUGAACUUUCAGAAUGUUAUCGUAUUGAACAAAUUGUAGCUCAAAUACCAGCUCACACGCAUAAAAAAGUUAGCAACAUUAUUGAACGAGUACUUUCUCGAUGUAAGAAAGAAUCAAAUUUCAUCGUUUCACAACUCGAUGAAGAUGUUCGUGUAUGUUAUGCAACACUGAAUCUCAAUUCCUACGGAAUAAUUGAAGAGUUUGUUGAAUUAUGUAAACAGAAGUAUCCAAAAUCGGUCUAUUUUUUCUUAACAAGUGGUGCAGUGCAUGGUUUUCGACGUCAGUCUGAUACUGGUCUAUAUAAUAUAAACAAUGGACUUGAAAUAGAACCUGACAAUUAUGAACUAUUGUAUCAUAAAGCUGUUCUAUUACGACAUAUAGGAAGAGAUAUGAAUGAAGCAAUUGUAGCCUAUCAAAAAUUUAUUGAAAUUGCUCCAAAAGACCAUCGAAAAAUUCCUGAAGCAUAUUAUGAAAUGGCUCAAUGUUUAAAAGAUUUUGCGCCUGAUGCUGGAAUGCGUUGGAUCCAAGAUUGUUAUAAAGAAGGCAAACAGGCAGAAAAGCUACAAUUACCAUGCUUUUUGCCUUAUAAAUCAGACAAUAUUGCAUUUAUACAACCAUUUAUUGAUAUGAUUGAACCGAAUUCCAAUGAAGAAGCAGAACAGGCCUGCCAAAUCUCCUGA